CUAAAUAUACUAGACUUCACCUGGCUUCUACCAACCGUUAUAAACCGCGUCAUCCAUGCAUGUGUACUAACUUUCCAUUGACGAUUUUGGUUCUUACAUCUUCGUAGUUUACGAUUUAACGCUUUAAAUGUCUAGUUUCGGUGUCGGUGUUUACCUUCUGACUGUUCUUUGGUUCAUUACGUUUAUGUUGUGCUGGGUGUCCGUAAAAACUGGCCAUUACGUCGGGAAGGCGGCAGUGUCUGUGACUCUGGUACUGUCAGUGCUACUGAUUGUUUUGCCAAAAGGCGACGUGAUAUACUCUCACGGUGCCAAUUUUUACGAUAAGCUGUUCAUUCCGCGCUACAUAAUACUUGCAGUUUUGUUUGUGAGCGUGUUGGCUAGUGCUGUGUACUGUUUCAUUCAUGUUUGUCUAACACCUGUUGAAACUAAGAAGUUCAGAACUUUUGGCUCCACACAGUGAGCUUGCACAAUGUCCAGUGCGAUGUGUCGGGGGCUGCGGUCGCCCAUCCGCGGUCUCGCCAGCCUCCGCAAGGCUCAGCAGAUAUCCACCACGCUGGUGCACAAUGAAACUAUAGUAGUUAAGAAUAAUGAAGAAUUUGUUAAUAAGGUAAUGAACAGCGACAAGCCGGUGAUAGUGAACUUCCACGCAGAGUGGUGCGAGCCCUGCAAGAUCCUGACUCCUCAACUACGCUCCCUGAUCGAGCCGCUAGACGACCUGGACCUGGCCAUCGUGGACGUGGAGGAUAACGCGGAGCUGGUGCAUACGUUUGAGGUGAAAGCAGUACCAGCAGUGAUAGCGGUGAAGAACGGCCUCAUCGUGGACAAGUUCAUCGGACUCGUGGACGCGGAGAUGAUCACGAAUCUCAUACAGAAGAUGUCUGGCAAGAAAACGGAACCCAAGUAAACGCACCGUCGCUACCACAAGUUCUAAACUGUACUUUAUACAUCACAUAAAGCUGCGUACAGACCGGCCAAACAAACGCAAACGAACGGGUUUCGUUGACCUUCGUUGCUGCAAUCUGCCCUGUAUUAUGUAUGAUAAAUAUCCAUCUUUGGGUGUUCGUUGGGCCGGUCUGUGCGCAGCUUAAAAAGCAUCCACAGCUAGAAAUAGUUAUAAAACCGUAUAGUUAUACCGGUCCCCUGUUUAAAGCAUGAUUCACGCUACACCGUGUCUCGACCGGGCUGUGCCAUUAACCUUUAAUUAAAUGGCACCCUGUUUUAUAAAACCCAACAAGUACUAAAACCAACAAAAUAUAGUGGUUGGCUGUUUAGACCUUGUGGUAGAUAAAUCAGAAAUUUAGUAUAAUCUUCUUAGGUUACGGACAAAGGAUAAGUUUACACCAUGUAAGGUUUUGAUUCCUCUAACUAAGUCUUGCAUGGUGUAGAGAGGUACUGCAAACGAAUUAUUCAGAACUGUUUUAAGUUUUAUUUGGUAAAGGUAGGUGCUGUAGAUUGUUUGAAGUUUGGGACCAUGUCAUGUACCUACACACAUAAUAUGUACGAAUUAUGGUAUGUGUUUAUAACAAUGAUACAUUGAUGAAAGUGGUUUAUGAUUUGUGCUAUAUUUAAAAGACAAAUACAGUAUCAGGAUGCCAUGCUGAGAAUGUUUGUAAUUAUGUAUUAUGAAAGUUAUUUGGCUACGGUCUGCUUUAUAAGUAUCCUUGUACUUUGUCAAACUAACAAAAAAAAACAAAUGAAUAAGCUGA